AGUAUGUGACUAAAUUUAAGUUAAUUUUACAAGUUGCCAGUCUGUAUAGGGAUGGUAACAAAUUACAUAGGGAUAUUGGAGAGGAAAUGUUGCCUCUCCCAACAGCAGAGAUGGUUAAGAGGAGAUUGAUAGAUGUGAAAGGAAAAAGUCUUAUACGGCUCAAUAACCACAAGAUUUAGUUUUCAGGCAGUCGGCAAAAGGAAGAAAAGGCAAAUUCUGCAAAUUUUGCAGAAAAGUUGUUCAGGUGUGGAAUCCAUCCCGUAAGGUUGUGGUGGAAGAAGAUUCAACGCUAACUUGCAAAAGGAAAUUGCAUAAAUGCUUGAUUGGAAGAAAAAAUAUUUUCAGGACCAUAAGAAUAGCGGAGUGUGAUCAAUUGGAUAGUUUGGAAAUGUUAGCACCUGAACGAAGGACCAAAUACACUAUAAUCUUUCUCUGGCGUAUUAUUCUGUUUCUGUAAACAUUUCCUCGUGUUUUCUCUUAGGUUUACCCAUGAACGUUGCUUUCCAAUUUAGUUCAAUUUAUUUAAUUUCACUCUGGAUUACUGUAUGCCGCUUUCUAUAAUUAAAUGCUUUUUCUCGUCUGCAAAUAGCAACGGACUACUUCAUUUGUUUAGAAGAGAUAGUUUUGUCCCAAGCCUGGAGGCAACACUUUAUUUAAAAACAAGUGCCAGCAUUUCGGGCGCCGGCAGACAGUGCAGGGUCAAGAAUACCAGAUUGGCACAAACGAGCCGAUCUGUGCUUUAUCGGACUGGGCCGAGGUCAACUCAGAGGAGACCCUAACUCUCAAGCUGCCAUGAGAAGUCUGCGCUGAUAGGGGCAGAGCCCAUACAAUAAUCGAACACCGGGGGGAUGAGAUUGAGGGUACAUCAGAUGACCUUUUCCUAACCCAAUUCCUAGAUCAGUGUCGCAUUCCAGAUCAAGUAGUUACACAGGAGGUUGCUAAGCAACCAUAGAAUGGUGUGUCAGUUUCAGAACGUUGAAACACUACGUUCCCAAGGAGAAUGAAUGGAUGGUUCAGGAUCCUCUGGAGGGAAUGUUUAGCUUGUUCCUUGUUAUCUUUUUAAAAACACACACACACACACAAGUUGUUACAUUUGCUGCUAGGUGGGGUGGGGAGAGCUGCAGUUUUGAAUCCGAGAUGUCCUCAGGUCGAUUAAAAUCAUCUCAGACCAGCAGCAGCCCACCCCUUCAUUCCGCCAAGGGGACAGGGGAGAAGUUUUGGAAGUACAGGGUCGAGGUCGACCGCGGGAAGAAGAGGUUGAAACUAAAGGGCAGGGAGCUGCUGUCGGUGCCUCGGGAGAUCUUCGACCUUGGGGAGCUGCAAGUGCUGGAGAUGAGCCCGGAACGCGAGAGCUGCCUGAGUUACAAGAUCGGCGGGGUCCCUCGGGCCCUCGGGCGCCUGAGCAACCUGACCGUGCUGAGGCUGGACACCAACGAGCUGCGGGAAAUCCCGCCCGAGAUCGGAGCCCUGCACAAGCUGGAAACGCUGACCCUCAGCAACAACCGCCUGAGCCGCCUCCCCGCCGAGGCCGAGAGGCUGCAGCGGCUGCGGAACCUGCAUCUGGCCAACAACAACUUCCAGGAGCUCCCUCUGCAGGUCUGCCAGCUCCGGCGCUUGUCCUUUCUGGACGCCAGCGACAACAAGAUCGAGACGAUCCCCGCCUGCAUCGGUAACCUUGAGCGCUUGGAGACCUUGCUGCUGUGCUUCAACGCGCUGCAGAGCCUGCCCGACUCCAUCUGCACUCUCGGGCGCCUGUGCACCCUGUGGCUGGGUAAGAACCAGCUCAGGCGCUUGCCCAGCCAGUUCGGGCAGCUGGCGAACUUAGAAUGGGGUCGAAGCCACUGCUCCUCAAACUUCGAGGACAAUCCGCUGGAAUCUCCCCCUCCUGAGAUCUGCAGGGGUGGCCCUGAGGAGAUCAGCCGCUAUUUUGCUGGAGUGGAGUGAACGAUGAAGACCCAGAGCCCGUGGGCAACUUAAAACUGACCAAUAACAUCACGCUUGGGCUAUCUGUGAACUACAGUGGGCUGAUCAGAUCCGGUGCACGCAAAAGUAUUUGGGACUGAAAAUAUAUUCCUUGAAAUGAAACCGACUGACGUGCCAUCUAUAAGUCGGAGACUGCACUAUUUUGUCAUCUGUGAGUGCUUAAUGUAGUUAUAAAGUUACAUUGGUCUGUAGCGAGCCAGAUGGGGCGAUGUUAACAUGCCUGUUUCCUUGGCAAUAAUACACUGAAUUUACAGCCCAAGUGAGCAGAGCCAAAAUGCAGCGUCAGACCCUCGUUAGCAUUGAGCCUGCAAAGUGUUUAGCAGCAGUUGAUUGCCCCUGCGCAUCAAAUGAUGCCUUGAGGGUUUUGGCGAUUGCACUUCGACUUCAGUGGCUGCAAAGCAUUCUGCUUCUGAAAGGGGUCAUUGUUUUCCCUUUCCCCUCACAGGCAAAUACUGGCAGGCUGGAGGAACAGGACGAACUGGACAUUGGCCUGUUGGAUUUUUGACCCCUACCUUCCUGAGCAGGUGUCAAUGUAUUGAGAAGUUUUCUUCCCAUUUUGCCCGCACACUCAUAAAACUAACCCUUUUAAAAAGAAAACUGGUCUUGGGCAACCAACAAAAAAAAUGAGUGGAACAUAUAUCUACAAUUUCCAGCCUUUUGACAUCAAUUUUUCCAGCUAGCAUUUGACCCAGAUUUGGAUAUGUAAAGUAUCCAAUGUUUGUUUAACUCAACUCUCUUCCCAAACUGCUGGCAGAUAAAUUACACUUCCAGUUGAAAUCACAAGCAGCGGUUCACUAUCCUGAGGCUAGUUGUUUUAGCCCGUAAACAUGUGUAACAAUUUUUAAUCCAACCCCAAACUCCAGUGUGAGUUCAAUCCCAAUUCCAAGAUUUGAGCUCCUCCAAGAGGCCAUUCAGGGUGGUAAACUAUUUCGCAGUUCUGUUAAAUCAUGGCUGCUGUAUUCUUACUUGUUGAAUGGCUUUUGAUUCAUGUUCCUUCACACCCUUACCUAAGAAAUUGAUUUUCUUUCACCCAACAUUAUCAGUGUUUUGUGGGAAUAAAUUCUUAUUUUCAUUACCCUUCAUAUCAAAAGAAAACUUCUCAAUUUCAUUCCUAAAAGGGUUAGCUCUAGUUGAAAUCCCAUUCCCUCUUCCCACUUGUAUUAUUUCCCUUCCCUGCACUUAUUGAAUGUUUGUCUCACAUUUUAAACAUUUCAAUUAGAUCAUUCCACAAUUGUCUAAGCUCAAGGAAUACAAGUCAGGUUGUUCAUAAAACAUGGGGUGAAAUGGUUAAAUUACCUUGAUGUUUCUUCACUUUACAAUCUGUAAGGCCAAUAUAGUCUUCCUGAGGUGCAGUGCCCAGAAUUGAACAGUGGUUCCAGGUAGGAUGUCAUGAAGGUUGUGAAUAACUGAAGCUUAAUUUCUUCCAUUUAAUAUUCCAGUCCUCCAGAGAAAGGCCAACAUUUUAAAUGGCUUUUUGAACCUUUGAAUCAGUAUUCAGUGAUUUUGUACUUGAAUAUUCAAAUCCUUUCACUCCAAAAAAAAUUCUGAUUUGUAAUUUUUUAGAUCCAAAGUAUCACUUCUCCACAUUAAAGUCCAGCUGUCACUACUUUUCCCAAUCACUUAAUCCUUCUCCAUCCGUUUGUAACUUCCUCCUGCCAUCACCAUUUCUCUGCAAGCAUUCUAACCAACACACUUUGACGUGUAUGGUGAAAAGCUGAGGCCCCAGUGCAGAACUCCAAGGAACAAUGAAGACAGAUGUCUACUUGAGUUCCAUGCCCUAAGACAGGUCAUAACCACAGUGCCACAGUCUCCACCAGACAGCAAGGGUGCAGAUCUGGAACAGGGAUUAAAUCUCAUGCUGCUGGCACCAACCUGAUCCACUUGGCUAUCCAACCAACUAAGCUAACUGGCCUUGCCAGAGUGCUUUGGCAACAUGUAUGCAUGCCUUAGCUAUUAGUAAAUUUGGUAGACGCCCCAGUAAUCCAACAUGGCUGAACAGAAUCUAUUCAUCUCUCACCACCUGCCAUUAACAUAUGUUGGAACAAUUUACAAAUUGAUUCUCAACUUGUUUCACCACAUAAUGAAUGUAUCUUCUUUGGCCAGUAAGCUCUGGAACUGAACUUCAACACUGAUCUUCUGGCUUAGAGACUGGAGCACGAGCACUGGGCCACAAGAUCUACCUCUGUGUUUAGAUUUGCAAAAUGAUAAUGACAGACUGCCAUUUAAUAAGGUGUGUUAGCAUAACACAAACCCAUGGCAUUACACAGAGGCUGUGGCACAAAAUUAGAUUGAUAGUACAUUGGAAUUAAAAUCAUUCACAUAUGUUGAGCGUAGUCAAGAGUGUGGUGCGGAAAAAGCACAGUCAGUCAGGCAGCAUCCAAG